UCACGGCUUGAGAAGGACAUUCACUCUGCUCAAUUCACGAUGUUGGCACAACGUGCAGCUCAACAAUCGCUGCGCAGGCUUGCGGCCUCGCAGCCUUCAAUGUUGUCGCAGAUGGCGUUCAAGAACACAUUGAAACCGUUGGCCAUCGGAUCUUCGACUCAGGCUCGCCCCAUAUCAACACAAAAACUCACCCCGACCGACUCCUACGAAAUCCUCGUCGCCCAACGAAAGAACCGUCCCUCCUCCCCCCACUUCACCAUCUACCGCCCGCAAAUAACCUGGCUAAACUCCAUCAUGCACCGCGCCACGGGCGCCGUUCUCUCGGGCGGCUUCUACGUCUUCGGCGCCGCAUACCUCGUCUCUCCCUUGUUUGGAUGGCAUCUGGAUUCUGCGACCAUGGCGGCGGCGUUUGGCAGCUGGCCUGUGCUGGCGAAGGUGUUGGCGAAGUUUGCGGUUGCGAUGCCGUUUACGUUUCAUUCGUUUAAUGGGAUUAGGCAUUUAGUGUGGGAUAUGGGGAGGCAGUUUACGAAUCAGCAGGUUAUUAGGACGGGGUGGAUUACGGUUGGGGUUGCGGCUGUGAGUGCGUUGGGGUUGGCGGUUUUUGUUUAGGUGAUGGUAGAAUGGGGACGCGUAUGUGAGGACUGGAGGCCAUGGAGUAGCGUGGCAUAUACGCUUGAUGGCUUGGCAGAAAGAAUGAAUAUUUGUUUGUACUAUGUGUGCUGGGACUUGAUCCGGUGGUGCUUUGUUGGUGAAUUUCCUGGCUGGACGAGUGUCUUCUCAAUACCAGGGCUCAACGCUCAAUGACUCAGCCCUUGUCGGAGGCAUAGGAGGGAAAUUCCUAAAAUCCUGAUUGCCAAGCGAGAAAACAUCUCUAAUUUUUCAUGAAGCUGAAAAUACCACGAGUGUUGGUAGAGUCUGAAAUUUUGUUGCACAUCGCGGUGCGUCGAAGGUUCAUGGCAGCAUUCAAAUUGGAGAUGGAAGUCCAAUAAGUGCUGGUGGAAUCUGACGUUUCUUUUCGCAUUGCACUUUCGAGUCGAAGGUCUAUGAUAGCAUUUUUUGACUGGAGUUGGAAGUUCAAUGAGUGUUGGGG